CAACUGUGUCCAAUGACACAGCAGAUCACCGGAUUGGCACUGAUGAUCAGUGCCGCCCCCCUGUGCCACCCACCAGUACCACCCAUCAGUGCCCAGCAGUGCCACUCACCUGAUCCCAUCAGUGGCUAGCAGUGCCAUCCACCAGUGCCCAACAAUGCCACCCACCUGUUCCCAGCAGUGCCACCCACUAGUGCCCAGCAGUGCCUUCCAUCAGUGCCCAUCAGUGCCACUCAGCAGUGCUGCCAAGCAGUGCCACCAGGCAUUGCCAUUAGUCUGUGCCAUCCAUCAGUGCUGCCCAUCAGUGCCACCUAUCAGUGCCCAUCAGUGCUGCCUAUCAGUGCAGCAUCAUCAGUGCUGCCUAUCAGUGCCCAUCAGUGCUGCCUUUCCGUGCCAACUCAUCAGUGCCCAUCAGUGGUGCCUAUCAGUGCCCAUCAGUGCUGCCUUUCCGUGCCAACUCAUCAGU